AUGCAACAGCCUGUCCACGACUUGGAAGUCGACAACUUCCUGCUGUACUAUUUGAAAUCCAUUCUGGGAUACAGCAUAAAAUAUAACAAAAAUACCAUCGUUCUAAAAUCAGUCUAUGCUUUUAGUGCUGAAGACACCUUUGAAAUUGUGGUUCAGGACAAUAAACUACUCCUCAAAGACACAGUCUAUCUCAGAGAAUGGAGUGAGUUAGUUAGUGUUUAUAUUAAAAAUGGAAGAUCGUACUGUGCAUUCUUUGCUGCAGUGACUCUUGAAUUGUACAAUAGAAAAACCUUUGGUAGUUAA